UUUCAGAGUGAUGUAUCACCAGGAGAAGAGGGGCAGGCCAGUACCAGGAAGUUGUGGAGACGCUCCCGGGAGGAGGACUAGGUGUCAGCUUUGCUUACAGGAGAGAAUGCAGCAAAGCGCUGAGAACGCCGAGGCAGAGGACUGCCCAGAGUCAGAUCAGGAAGAUGCUGCCCCUCUGCUCAACCAGCAGUUGUCACUUGGGAAAGGCCUCUGUUCAGCUCGCUACAGCCUGGCUCUCAUCCUGCACUUCUCUCUCUUCAUGGUGUAUUCGCUGCGGGUCAAUCUCAGUAUCGCCAUCGUAGCCAUAACGAACUGCACCAACCUGGGCAGCCUGCCUAAUAUCUCCACGGACGUGUGUCCCAGUCGCUCCCACGCUCAGCCCAACAGCUCCCACCGAGAAUUCGCCCAAGAAGCCCCCAUGUACAACUGGAGCACUAAGACCCAGCGCGUCAUCCUCAGUGCCUUCUUCUAUGGCUACCUCUUCACCCAGCUCCUCGGCGGAUACUGGUCAGGAAUGUUUGGAGGGAAGCUAGUGUUGGGCUGCGGGCUGCUCUCGACCUCGGCACUCACCCUUCUCGCGCCGUUGGCAGCUAGCCUGGGAGCAGUGUACCUCAUUGGGCUGCAGGCAGUGCUGGGCAUGGCAGAGGGGGUAAUAUUUCCAGCCCAAUACACGCUUUGGGCAAAAUGGGCUCCCCCCUUGGAAUGCAGCAGGCUCAUGAACCUCACUGGAGCUGGAUGCACUUUUGGGACCUUCAUCACCUUCCCUGCGGCUAGGAUCAUCUGCCAGUACCUAGGGUGGCCUUAUAUCUUCUUCAUCUUCAGUGGCAUUGGCUGCGUUUGAUGUGUGUUCUGGUUCCUUCUUGUCUAUGAAGAUCCUGCACAUCACCCUCGUAUUAGUGCUGGCGAGAAGGAGUACGUUGUGUCAUCACUGGCCAACCAGGGCAGCUCUCACGGACGCUCCCUUCCACUCCUGGCCGUGAUGAAAUCACUGCCUCUUUGGGCCAUCGCAGUCACCUAUUUCUGCACUGACUGGCUGUUCUACAUGCUGCUGAUGUCAAUGCCGAUGUACAUGAACGACGUGCUCCACUUUGACAUCAGAGAGAAUGGGCUUCUCUCUGCACUUCCUUACAUGGGGAACUGGCUGGGUACCAUCGUGUCGGGGCUGCUGGCAGACUUCCUCCUGUCCAAGCACGUGUUCAACACAGCAACGGUUCGGAAGCUCUUCUCGGUGCUCGGGAUGAUGCUCCCAGCCGUCUCCCGGGUGGCCGUGUCCUACGUCGGCUGCGAUUACACAGCAGCCGUGGUCUUUCUGACGUUGUCCAUGACUGUAAUCAGCAUGUGCGGGGCCGGCUUCUACAUUAACCAGAUCGACAUUGCCCCCAGAUACGCUGGGUUUCCGCUGGGAGUCACAAACAUCUUUGGAACAGUCUUAGGAAUAAUUGCUCCCACUGCAGUUGGAUUCCUCACCAGCCAGAUACUAAUUACCUCUUGUUUGGUACCUCCCCAAACUGGCUGGAGGAAUGUCUUCUUCGUGUCAGCGGCCCUCAAUCUCUUUGGCCUGCUGUUCUAUGUAACCUUUGGCAGUGGAACUAUCCAGGACUGGGCUAGAGAGGACACUGCUCUCCAAUGAAAUGCCAAGGCACGCUGCCAGGAGAAGAAUAUGUAACCAAGGCAGGAGGUGGAAAACAGCCUAGUGAACAUAGAUUAGUCAAGUAAUCCCACUUCUCAUUCCAGCACUGGACACCCAAAUAACAGGAGCAAUUUGUUUUCCCAACCUGCCUACCCAGCACUUGAAUUCUGGGCCCUUUUCUCACGUCCUUCCUCAGCCUUCGCUUGUCCCAAAGCACCAUUGAAAUGCAUGUGUGCACAAUAAAUUUGGGAGGUAGUAUGUCCUAGUGGAUAAAUCAGUGGCUUGCAGAUCAGACCUAGGUUCUGUUCUCAGCUCUGCCUCUGGCCUGCUGAGUGAUCUUGGGGAAGUUACUGUCCC